GGUCCCGCCAUGGCGGCGCCGCCCGGGCCGCGCAAGCGGAGCGGCCCCGCGCUGAGCGGGGACAGCGGCGCCGGGGCCGCCCCGCCGGAACUCCGCAAUGGGCUCCCCCCGCACAAGCGCCCCAAGAGUGCCGCGGCCGGGCCCGCCGACCCCUUCGGUGACAGCGACGACUUCACGGCGGACGACCUGGAGCAGAUCGACAUCCUGGCCUCGCAGGCGCUGUCGCAGGAUCCGCCCGCGGGACUCGCGUGGGGACCCCCGGGACUGCCCCGGGGCGGGCGGGAAGCAGAAAGCAGAGCAGAAGAUGGGCUGAUGAGAGAUGCAUUCCAGUUUGAAGUACUGCAGACACAGAAUGAAGAAAACAAACAGAAGCUGAAAGAAAUGCAGGAUGAAAUCCUCACUAAAAAUGGAGAAAUUAAAAUUCUGCGUGACUCACUGCAGCAGAUGAGGUUUGCUGUGGAGGAACAGAAAAGAUCAUACCUGCUACUGGAACAGCAAAAAUCUCAGACCUUGAGUGAAAAAGAAAAAGAGUUCUCCAAAAAGUUGCAGUCGUUGCAGUCAGAGCUGCAGUUCAAGGAUGCAGAAAUUAAUGAGUUAAGAACACGACUUCAGAACUGUGAAAGAAAUAAACAUGUUGUUACUCAGACAGUUCCAACAACAAGCCCUAAAAAGAAUUUUGCAGUACAAGUGAAACCAGAAGGAUGUUCUCCACAGCCUGGAAGAAGAUCUUUUCCUACAAAAGAAUCCUUCAAUGCUGAAAUGUCCACUAGACCAUCGUGUUCUUCAGGAAAUUUGGUGGCCCCAACUAGUUCAAUCAAAGAAGACAGUAAGAUGACCCAUCCUGAAGUUCCAUCUGUGAAGCACCAGGAGGCAACAGGAAAAAACGGUUCCUACAACUCUGCACCUAAACGGAGCACACGAGGUUCAAUCUUACUGAAUGCACUGAUGAAGCAGCCCAUUGUCCCUGGGUCAUUACUAGGAUUGUGCCAUCUCCUCAGCAGCAACUCUGAGCCUCUACCUGGAGCUGUGUUGCAGCCUAACUCUCUGGAUACGAAGUCCACACAACUCCCCAGCAGCAGGACAGCGCAAGAAGAAACCGCUCCUCUCGUGUCCCUGCAAGAAGCUCAAAAACUUGCAAUAACAGGGUUGAACUUGAUCGCUCUGGACCAAGGAUUAGCUGAAGGAAGCCCAGCAGAAGGCCAGGGAGGGCUCCUGCCCCUCCCACAGUGCAGGAUCCGAGGAGCUGUGCACCUCCUGCCCCUGGUGGAACACCACCUCGGUGCCUACUGCCGGGCGGGACAACUGCCGGACACGGCCGGGAACGGUUCCUGUGGAAACCAUUCCACUGUUUCUUCCAGAACCAGCACAAGUUCGGUGUCGAGUAAGGAGGACUUCAGGUUGUCUCUUGAGGAAACUGCAGUUAUAUCACUGGGAAUCCUUUAUUACUUGGUGUUCUAUAGCUGGGAUGUUGUCCACACAUUGCUGGCUGCCAGAGUGGAAGAAGGUGCUGCUGCUGCUGGAGACAAACAGGUUUCCAAGAUGGACAAAAAUGUGUUGUGUGACAAUCAGUGUGAUAAUAAAGAAGGUACCAGGACACAAGGAGGGCUGCCUGCAGCUCCACAGGAUGCUCCCAAUAGUGAUCGAGCUCAACACUCUUUGUUUAAAAAGCUUCUUCAGGUUUUAGCUUUUUCUGCUGCAAGGGGUUCCCAGACUGACAGAAUCCUGAGCCAGAGCCUACAGGUUUUGGUGAAAUUAGCUGAAAAUUCAACAAUGGACUUGCUAAUAAAUUUUCAGCAGUUGCUGAGCAGCCAGACCCUGCUGCACUGCCUGUGUCCAGAGACCCCCCUGCCUGCCGUCCUCCUGACUGUGAGACUGCUGGGUGUCCUCUCUCAGCACCAGGGCUUGGCUGCUCAGCUGUGUUCUCACUCAGACACCUGCCUUCUCCUCGCACUGUACAUGUACAUAACAUCAAGACCAGAUAAAUCAGCAUCUGAAAUGCUUUGGCUUCAGCUGGAACAAGAGGCCGUCCGGCUCCUGACGCGGCGCACGAGGGGCUCCAGACCAGCACUUCUGGCACCUGGCACAGCCUGUCAGUGCAACCUCGAGGUGGUUAAGGCACUAAUUAUAAUGUUACACAGGCAGUGGAUGAAGAUGAGAAGAGCUGAGAACAGCUCGUGUGCACAUAAGGACCAAAUUAUUCAGUUUUUACGGGAUGCUGUUUUACUCUUGCACAGCCUGUCUCAGAAAGAUAAGCUGUUCCAUGAACACUGCUUAGAAGUUCUCCAUCAAUAUGACCAAGCCAUGCCAGGCAUAAGAGCCAUUCUCAAAAAGACCAAAAAACUGAGUGCCUGUGAAGAGCUGAUUUUGGAUGAGUUGUAUCCUCCUGAGCCAGAAGACCAAGGAAUGGACUCCAGCUAGCCAGCAUCUCACACAGAUCUGUCCUUCCUCAUCUGAAUCAUCAUAAUCAUUGCCAGUGCAAAUGUGAACUUUAAAUCAUCCCUUUGUUAAGUGACAGCCUAAAGGUUGCAUUCAAAGGCAGCACAAUAAGACACAUUUCUUUGCUGUAAUUUUUUCAGUGCCAUCGAAAUGUAGCUGAAAGUAAACAAAUUUUGAGAUGAGAAUGACACUGCAAUGGACUUAUGAUUGGCCCUGGUUAUGAAUUUCAUCCUGUACAAAACUGCUGGGAAUGGAACGGAAAUGUCUCUCCAUGCCUUCCAUUUUCCUGUGACUACAGCUGAAUUUAUGAUGCUGAACGUGCCAAGAUGUUUGGGAUCACUGCAUUCAUAUGAAAGCCUUUUGAACACACUUUCUUUUGUAAUUUUAACUCUUUCUUGCUUGACUUCCAAAAUUUUCAUGUUGGUAUUAGUAAACAGUUUACAGUGAUUUUAGAAACCUUUCUGGAAGUAACUUGGAGUUGGCAGUUCACUACAGGGCUUUGAAUUUCGUGCUGAGAAUUGGUCACCUGAGUUCACUCGAUUUUCAUGAAUCUGCUGAAAGUGUAACUAUGGAGACACCAAAACAAACAAACAAAAAAUACUAGACCUUACAUUUUUUUAAAAUUCACCUUGAAAGAGUAA